CACUCAAAAUACUGUAUCUAAUUUGAUUUGAGUUCCUCUCUCCUCUUUAACCUUCUCUCUCUCUCUCUCUCUCUUCUUCCCGAUUCGAUCGCCGGUAAAUCUCAGCCGCCCGAUCAACCAGCUUAUACUCCGAGCAAAUCACAUCAAUGGUCUGACUCUUCCCAGCUCAGAUCUCCGGUACUCUUUCUCUAGCUUUCGCCUCCAUUUCGUUAUCCGUGAAAUCGGGAGCUUGAUCCAAGCGAGUCAUAGUGGAAUCAAUCUGAAGAUUCUGAAUUUGAAUCCUCAGGGUUUUGAUUCGCCCCUCCCUUUGCAUGCUGAUCCAAAUUUGAGCUCGUGAAUCUCCUAGGGUUUCUUAGUUAGGUGGAUAAAGUCUGUUCCUUUAGAGCUCGUGGAUCUUCUAGGGUUUCUUAGUUUGUUGGGUAUUGGAUAAAGUUUGUUCCUUUAAGCUGCUUAGACAUGUUUAAGAAGAUCAUGAAAGGUGGGCAUCGAAAGCCCUCUAAAUCCGAGGCCAAUGAACCUCCUACUACUUACGGUCCUGGCUCCAACGUUGUCGUUAGCCACGCCUCUCGUGGCGCGCUGGUUCAAUCCCCACUGACUGCUUCCACUCCACAACCUCCGCCUAUGACCUCUGUAGAGCCGCUCCCUUUGUUCAGAGACGUUCCCGUUUCAGAGAGGCAAGCUUUGUUCUUGAGGAAGCUUCAGAACUGCUGUUUCCUAUUCGACUUCACCGAUACCGUCAAGAACGCGAGGGAGAAGGAGAUCAAGAGGCAGACGCUGCUGGAGCUGGUGGACUUUGUACAGUCUGGAGCUAGUAAGAUCAUCUCAGAGUCUUGUCAGGAAGAGAUGGUUAAGAUGGUUUCUCUCAAUAUCUUCCGGUGUCUCCCUCCUGGAUCUCAUGAGAACACGGGUCAAGAGCCUGCGGAUCCUGAGGAAGAGGAGCCUUAUUUGGAGCCUUCUUGGCCUCAUUUGCAGCUUGUCUACGAGUUGCUGCUCAGAUACGUUGUUUCCACUGAUACUGAUACGAAAGUGGCUAAACGGUAUAUCCACCAUUCCUUUGUGUUGAAGCUCCUUGACUUGUUUGACUCCGAAGACCCGAGAGAGAGGGAGUAUUUGAAAACCAUUCUUCAUAGGAUCUACGGGAAGUUUAUGGUCCACAGGCCCUUUAUUAGGAAAGCAAUCAACAACAUUUUCUAUAGGUUUAUUUACGAGACGGAGAGACACAGUGGGAUCGGUGAGCUCUUGGAGAUUCUAGGCAGUAUCAUUAACGGGUUUGCUCUGCCUAUGAAGGAAGAGCACAAGCUGUUUCUGAUCAGGGUGUUGAUACCGUUGCAUAAGCCUAAACCAAUAGCUAUAUACCAUCAGCAGUUAUCUUAUUGCAUCGUUCAGUUUGUGGAAAAGGAUUAUAAGCUAGCGGAUACUGUUAUCAGGGGGUUGUUGAAGUAUUGGCCUGUGACAAACUGCACCAAGGAGAAUCUCUUCCUUACGGAACUUGAAGAAGUUCUUGAGGCAACUCAGCCUGUUGAGUUCCAGCGUUGCAUGGUUCCAUUGUUCCAACAGAUUGGUCGCUCCCUCAAUAGCUCUCACUUUCAGGUUGCAGAAAGAGCUUUGUUCUUGUGGAAUAACGAGCACAUCGUGGGCCUCAUCGCGCAGAACCGAACCGUGAUCCUUCCAAUCAUAUACCCUGCACUGGAGAAGAACAUACAGUCUCACUGGAACCAAGCGGUUCAUGGUCUAACUACAAAUAUCAAGAAGAUGUUCAUGGAGAUGGAUCUUGAGCUAUUUGAAGAAUGCCAGAGACAGUAUGAAGAGAAACAAGCGAAAUCCAAAGAAGUGGAAGAACAACGCCUAUUAUCAUGGAAGAGAUUAGCUGAAGCAGCGGCAAAGCGAGAUGGAGUUGGAGGAGAAGAUCAUAUGAUCACUUCCUAGAUGGAUAAACAUAUAAGUAUUAUUCUUUCAACUUUUUUUUGUUCUUCUCUCAGUUUAUAAACUUAUAAUUGUUUUUUUUGUUUUUGAGAUUCAUCGAUUCUGAUUGCUCAGAGGAUAGUAGAGAGAAGUGAAAGUAAUCACUAUCAGAGACUGUUUUUUUGUAUGUACGGAAUUGGCUUUAGUACUAAAAAUGUGUUUGUGAUGA